GCUGGUAUAAUUAAUGUAUUCAAUAUUUUUUAAAUCCUCGUUUAAUUGUUUUUGUAAAACAUUUUUGAUGCUAUAUAAAGUUUACUUAAAAUAUAUCUUUAUGAAAUAUGACCGAUCUAUAAAUUUAUGGUUUAUCAAAUUUGUACUUUUCUCGCCUUAUAUGGUAUCAAGUAAAUUAUAAAAGCAACAAGGAUAGACAUAUUUUCUAUCGCAUAAACAAUUUGACAAAAACGUAGAUUCCUUAUAUGGUCAAACCGAAACCGCAUCAAAAUGGAGACUAUUUUGCAACAAAAAAUAAUAGAAGCAACUCACUGCGUUGAAAAACAAUUAGACACAGAGAUAGAAAAAUUGGAAAAUCUGGAUAUUAGUGAUUUUGAAAAGUUGCGUGAACAACGUUUAAAGAAACUAAAGUUGCUUCAACAACAAAAGCAGAAUUGGUUGACAUUGGGUCAUGGAGAAUAUUCAGAAUUAUAUGAUGAAAAAGAAUUCUUUGAAAUUUCAAAAAAAUCUCAAAACAUUGUUUGCCUGUUUUGUAAAGACGAUUCCCCAAGAUGUAAAAUAGUAGAUCAUCAUCUCAAAAUUCUUGCAAAAAAGCAUAUAGAAGCAAAGUUUUGUAAGUUAAAUGUAGUACGAUGUCCAUUUUUAACUGAACGUUUAAGGAUCAAAAUUAUUCCCACAAUUGCUCUCAUUGUUAAUGGUAAAACUAAUGAUUACAUUGUGGGAUUUACUGAUUUAGGAAAUCGUGAUGAUUUUUCAACUGAAACAUUAGAAUACAGAAUUUCGCUUUCUGGAGCAAUAACAUUUGAAGAGAACUUGUCAUCAGAAAAUAAUAAAAAACCAUGGUUAUCACAAGUUUUAAAACCUAAAACUAUCAAAGGACCUAAUGGUUCAAAUUCUGAUGAUUCGGAUGAAGAUUAAAAAUAAUUCAUAAUUUUUAACGAUUCAUUAGCUAAUAUUUAUAAGCUUUUACCUGUAUGUAAAAUUUAAUUAAUAAAAAUUAAUAAUCGUUAAACAA